UCUUUAAUAUUUUCUAAAUCUUAGGCCAAAAAUAAAAUAACAAAAUGAGAAUAAACUCAAAAAUCAAUAUUUAUAUCGAGCAAUAACCAAAAUGAAAAGAAAAAAAACACAAAAAUAAGAAAAAUAUUGAAGAUAGAUAAGAUUAGCACGUGAACGUAAACUUCUCAUAACCAUAAUGAAUUUUUAAAUUGCAAAAUCAUGAUAUAAAAUCGAGCUAACAUAGUUUCAUUAUAACCAAUAACAUGCCCGACCCAGAGGGUAGGCUACAUAAGCAGAUGUUUAGGGCCUCUGGGCCAUAUUUCACAAUUUUAUUUAAGAGUUUUUAUUAUUUGUAUAUUUGCAAUAUUAGCUUAGGGUCCAGAAGAAUUUUUUUAUUGUUUGGAUCGGUCCUGGGCUAAAUAGUAGGCCUGAGAUUUUUCAGCCUAAACAUUAGAUUCUUAUCCGAUAUAUGAAAAAAUUAUGUAAUUAACAAAAAUAUUUUUAAAAAUUUGUUUAAGGACCAAAAAUAUUAAUUUGAUAAAGAAUAUAAAUUUUUCAUACGAUAUUUUUUAAAUAAUUUUUAUAUAAAUUCACCAUGCACAAGAUAUGUGUCUUUUCCUAGUAAUUUAGUAUAUGUUAUGUUUAGAUAGGUAAGAUAAUCAGUGAUAUCAUACUCUAGCCGUUAAACAUAUUUUUAUAGUGACUUUAAAAAUCAUUUUAAUAAUGACAUAUUAUUAUAGUUCACAUGUUACAAUGUUUCACAAUUAAUAUAUAGUAAGAGAUUGUAUUUCAGACUUAAAAGCUCAGGAUCAUGUAUAUAAUAUCCCUAGAAAUGGUCAAGGCAUAAUUUAUUAAAUUUUCAUCGAUGCGUUACCCAAAAAAAAAAAGAAGAUUUUGUUUGACAACAUUACGCCUAAAUAAGAAGAAAAUCAUAGUCAAAGUUGUGAAUGCAUGCAUGACCUCGUAAACAAGGUUCUAUAAAUUGGAACAUUCUCUAUCUUACACAUAUGUCUCAGCCGCAAAGCUAGAAAAAACAAACACAAACACACACAUCAAUCAAACACAACGAUGAAUAGGCUCUCAUGCUUUUUGCUUACCAUUGCAUUGAUCGUUGGCUCUAGUAACGCAAUCUGGGAAAAAAACAGUGUCCACUUCAAAAGUUCUCUUCGUCCGGGCAAUACUCUCAAGAUUCAUUGUACAUCGAACGAUGACGACUUGGGUGUUCAUUUGUUGAGCCCUGGACAGACCUACGAUUUUAGUUUUCAUGAUAGUAUUUUGAAGACCUAUUUCGAUUGUACCUUAAACCAGGGUCCUAAUUUCGCGUUUCAUGUAAGUUUUACAGCUUAUAAAAGUGGUGGUGGCCUGAUUCGUUAUGGUAAGACCAAUUUUUGGGAUGCUAGAGAAGAUGGCAUGUACUUCACACACGGUCAGGAAGCUCCCAAGUUAGAGUAUAAGUGGACACAUGUUUAAGUAGAAUUUUAACAUCAAUUUUGUUGUAACAUGUAAACCUUUUGGAAUAAUAAAUACUAAGUGGGUGCCCGCAAAUUUGCGGGUACAAAUCAUUUUAAAAUUUUAAUAUAAUAUAAUAUUUUAUGUCUUUGAUACAUUUUAAUAUUUUAAAACUGAAUGUGAAUUUUUGAUAGAUUAUUUUUUAAUCAAAAUAUUCUAUUUUUAAUACUUUUUAAAUUCUUAAAUAGAAUUUAUAUAUUUUAAAUUCUUAAAUAGAAUUUAUAUAGUAUUUAGUUAGAUUUUUUACAUAUUUUACAAAACAAUUAAUAUUUUAUUAAAUUGUAUUAUAACAUUAUCGUUAGAACAUGUAUAUAUAGUUUAAUUGGUUUGUAUAUCAAAUUCUUCGUCCAUAAAAAAUACUAAAAUAAAAACAUGAACUCAUGUUUUAAAUAGAUCCACAUUUGCAACUAAAUUACAAAACACAAAAGUUAUUAAGAAGAAACAUAACUAUAUAUAUGUGAAUUCUAUUAAUUUUAUAAAAACGUAAGAAUAUAAAAGUUUCAUAAAUUUAGGAAUAUACUUUUAUCCAUAAUAUUCUUUUGAUUGUUUUACGACUGGUGUAAUUUUUGUGGUUAUUUUGCUUUGAAAAACGUUUUGAAAAUGAUGAAGCUGUGAAGAGAAUAAUAUUUUGCGAUUGAUUAUGAUUUGAUAACAUUUUAAUAACCUCUUAGAAAGAAAGCUAUACAAUUAUAAAUAAUUAAUAAAAUAUUUAUAAAUUUUAUAUUUUAUGAAUUAUAUCUGAGAAAAUUAAAAGUUCAUAUAAAUAGAUUCAUAAAUCCUAAUAAGUGGUUUUAUGACUCAAGAAAAUAAUUUGUUAUCUAUGAAGAAUAAUCUAUAAACUUAAAAAAUGAUUUAAGAAUUUUAUAAAAUAAUCCUAUAUAUUAAUUUAAAAUUAAAAACCAUCAUUAAGUAUUUAGAAAAAUAUUUUAUAAAAUUCUUAUCAUUUUUAAAUUUUAAAUAAUUUAUAAACCUGUUAACCUUAUCGAUGGUUUUUAAAUUUAGAAAAUAUUUAUAAAAAUAUUUUAUAAGAUUAUUAAAUCAUUUUAAUAAUUUUAAAUAAUUUACAAACCAGUUAACAUUCAUAAACAUUUUAUAAAUUCCUAUAAAUGAUGAGAAAUUCUUCCUUAUAAAUGGUUUUAUAAAUCUUUAUAAUAUUUUUCAUAGAUCUUUAUAUAUUUAUUUGUAAACUCUUAUUAAUGAUAUAAUAAUCAUUAUUGAUGAUUUGACACCUUAAAAAUGAUUACCGAAUAUUUAUAUAAUUAUAAACUAUUAUAUAUCUUUUAUAAACCAUUAGAAAUGAAUCAAUAUAAAUGACUUUAUAUUUUCUAACAAAAUAUAUAUUAACCAUCACAGAUGAUUUGUUGUAACGUGUAAACCUUUUGGAAUAGUAAAUAUAUGAUUUAUUUCAGUGUUCUAAAAUUUGCAUAUACGUAAGCAUCUACCACAUUUUUCACGUUUUGUAGUGUUUUAAGACGAUUUAUAUAGUUGGGAUGCAUAAUAUCGUUUACAUUAUAUUGUCUAUACCGUCUAGACGGAUUUUAAACAUUACUAUUCAAAAUAUAUACAUAUUAUUAUAUAUAUUUUUUUUUUAUUUACAUUAAUUGCUAUUUGUUUUAUGUAUUUAUGUGAUUAUAGUUAUUAGUUUAACUGUUUGUAAAAUAUUUUAAAAUUUAAAACUAAUCAUCUUUAUAUUUUUAAACAUGUUUUUAUUUUAUUUUAAUUCAAAACUACGUAUAUAUGUUAAAUUAAAUUUAUACAAACUUUAGUUUGAAACUUUUUAUGUUCAGUUUUCUAAAACUAACAUCUAUAUUAAUCUUUUACUAGUUGAUGUUCCGCACCAUGUGCGGAUUAAUAUAUCUAUAUACCUAACAUUUUUUUAAUUCUAACGUUUCUUUUAAAAUAUAUAUAAUAAUUAAAUUAGAUACAAAUUCCAAAUUAUUAUAAAUUAUUAAAACUUCAAUAUUCAUAUUAGUAAUCAAUGUAUUAAAUUAUAGUCUUUUGUUUCAUAGUUUUAUUUUUAUUUAUGUGAUGUAUAUUUUGAAUCAAAAUCUUUUCUAAUAGUAAAAUUAAAUUAGAAAAUUUCAAUUUAAAAUUAAACACACAUUAUAUUUGGACUGAAAAAACAUCAUGUGGCAGUGAAAGGAUUAUAAAAAUCACAAAUAGAAAACAAUAACAAAAUAACAAUAGUCUUGGAUGUUCAAUCCACUAAAACUGAACCAUUUAAAACCGAACCAAACCAAAACUAAGAAAAUAAUCUGGAUUUGGUAGUACCGAAUAAAACAAAUGACUGUUAUUUUAAAAAAACCCCACAGUAUAUGGAUAUGAUUCUGUAUAUUAAGCGAUCAAAUCGAAUAAA